AUGGUGGAUUUGUGGCAAAGAAACCGUGCAUCAAAAAAACUGGGAGACAUUCUCACUGUGGCCUCCAUCACCAAAGCUCUCUCAGAAUCAGGAGGAACACGCAACCUUCCUCCCUCUCUCAAACUCACUCAUUCCAUCGUCCUCAACGUCCUCUCCAACCCCUCCCUCCACCCUUCCAACAAGCUCCAUUUCUUCCUCUGGUCUCGUUCCCAUUCCUCCGCCCCUCCCCCCUCCGCCGCCGCCUACUCCUCCCUCUUCCGCACUCUCUCCCACCCCGCCCACCUCCACCAUGUCCCCGCCCUCCUCCACUCCCUCAAACAAGACUCCCUCCUUCUCGAUUCCCGCUCCUUCAAGCUUCUCCUCGACGCCUCCAUCCUCUCCGCCAAAUUUGAUUUGGCUCUGCAACUCUUGGAUUACUUGCAAGAUCUUGGCGGCAACCUCCAGCCUCAAAUCUACAACUCUGUUCUCGUUGCUCUCGUUAGGAAGAACCAAGUGCCGCUGGCUUUGUCCAUCUUCUUCAAGCUUCUUGAUUCCACCGAUGAUGGUUUUGAUUCCAAUACAGCCAAUGAGUUGUUGGUUUCUCUUAGGAAAGCAGGAAUGAAGCUGGAGUUCAAACAAGUUUUUGAUAGACUUAGAGAGAAGAAAGGUUUUGCUUUUGAUACUUGGGGCUACAACAUUUGCAUCUAUGCAUUUGGUUGUUGGGGUGAUCUUGGUGCUUCUUUGACCCUCUUCAAGGAGAUGAAGUUGAAGGAGAAGGAGAAGGAGAAGGAGUCGUUGGAUUAUGGUUCCGGCAGCCAUGCUUGUUCUUCUGUUGGACCUGAUUUGUGCACGUAUAACAGUCUCAUCAGUGUGCUUUGUAAGGUAGGCAGAGUCAAUGAUGCACUUAAAGUGUUUCAAGAGCUCAAAGAAGGAUCUGGCCAUGAACCUGACGAGUUCACUUAUAGGAUCCUUGUUCAGGGUUGUUCCAAGACUUACAGAGUACAUAAUGCCACCCUGAUUUUCAAUGAGAUGCAGAAUAAUGGAUUUCGACCUGAUACGGUUGUUUAUAAUUCUAUGCUUGAUGGACUCUUCAAGGCCAGGAAGCUUACAGAGGCCUGCCAACUGUUCGAGAAAAUGAUCGAACAAGGCGUGAAGGCAUCUUGCUGGACGUAUAAUAUUCUGGUUGAUGGAUUGCUUAAAAAUGGGAGAGCUGAAGCCGCGUAUACUCUCUUCUGCGACCUCAAGAAGAAAGGCCAGUUCGUUGAUGGUGUUACUUACAGUAUCAUUGUGCUGCAAUUUUGUCGAGAGGGUCAACUUGAGGAGGCACUACAAUUGGUGGAAGAGAUGGAAAGCAGAGGUUUUGUUGUUGAUCUGGUUACGAUAACAUCGCUCUUGAUUAGCAUUCAUAGACAUGGUUGCUGGGACUGGACGGACAGGCUUAUGAGGCAUGUGAGGGAGAGUGAUCUGGUGCUUAGUGUUCUCAAGUGGAAAGCUGGAAUGGAGGCUUCUUUGAAGAACCCAAAGAGCAAGAGAGACGAUUAUUCGCCAAUGUUCCCUUCCAAAGGAGACUUUAGUGAUGUCAUGAGCUUCAUAACUAAUGCUCAGGACGCCACCCUUGAUUCACAGCACGGUUCGAGUUUUCAAGACAAGGAGAGUUCCGGUAACAAAAUUGAUGAGUGGUCGUCGUCUCCACACAUGGAUAAAUUGGCCGAGUCCUCGCUCAGCACUUCCCAGUUGUUUACUCCUUGUCGUGCGCAAAGAGUUCAAGAAAAGGGGCCAGAUUCUUUUGAUAUUGAUAUGGUGAAUACUUUCUUGUCUAUAUUCCUGGCCAAGGGAAAGUUGAGCUUAGCUUGCAAGUUAUUUGAAAUUUUCACUGAUGCAGGUGUGGAUCCUGUGAGUUACACUUUUAAUUCUAUGAUGAGCUCAUUUGUCAAAAGAGGUUAUUUCACUGAAGCUUGGGCUAUCCUGAACCAAAUGGGAGAAAAUCUUUGCCCAACUGACAUAGCAACAUAUAAUAUGAUAAUUCAAAGCUUAGGAAAGAUGGGAAGAGCAGAUCUGGCCAGUGCUGUUCUUGAUAGGCUGCUGAAGCAAGGUGGCUAUCUCGACGUUGUUAUGUAUAACACAUUUAUCAAUGCUCUGGGAAAGGCAGGCCGGAUUGAUGAGGCGAACAAGUUCUUUGAGCAAAUGAAGAGUAGUGGGAUAAAUCCCGAUGUUGUCACAUAUAAUAUAUUAAUUGAAAUUCACAGCAAGGCAGGACGGUUGAAGGAUGCAUAUAAGUUCUUGAAAAUGAUGUUGGAUGCUGGAUGUCCUCCUAACCAUGUUACGGACACAACAUUGGAUUAUCUGGGAAGAGAAAUCGAUAAACUGAGAUACCAAAGGGCAUCAAUUCUGAGUGAAAGAGAUGAUACUUCUUGAACUUAGUUCUAGUUUUUGUUGAUGUGAAAUCACAGCAAUCAUAAUUGAAGCUCAAAAGACAAAAAUUCAGGUCUCCGAUCGACUCACAGAUUCAACACAACUUUGAAAGGUGUAAUUUUACCACCUGUUUCAUUCAGUUCGAAUAUCACCAAUACCCAACUCUCGUUGUAAAUAACUAUUACUCAGCACUGGAGUAACUCCGACCUUUUGUAACAGAGGACGUUGGAACGCCCUCUCAAACCUUAGGAUCAGUGGUAAACAAUUAAAUAUAUUGUUCCAAUUGAAUUUUUCUUUAUAAGAAUCAACGGGGCAGCAGUGUUCAAUCUUUCCACCAUUUUACGAACUUUCAUCAUCAUAUUAUUGGAUAGUCGUUUGAUAUUAUAGCAGAGUUUGUAAAGAAAAAAAAUUUGCGUUGUAUCACAAGAAUUUGUUUCAUCCUGGUAAACUGUAACCUCAAAUAUUAUAAUUUUUCU